AAACAAAUUGUUUUGUAGAAGUUGAUUAUUUUAAUAGACAAAAUAUAUUAAAAUGUUUAAUGAGACAUGUUGUUUGCUAUGCUUAGAAAGUUCAAAGGAUCAAAUAGAUUUGGAUUGCAACGAAGAUAUCGGUUUGAAUGGACGAGAAGUUAUUGAAUUGCAUUUCAAGGAAAUGUUGGAUAUUAUAUCUCAAAUUGAAAUAAAAUKCAUUUGUCAAAAAUGUUGGUAUUAUGUACAAACAUUUCAUACAUUUUAUGAAAAUGUGAUGGAAGUGCACAAGGAAGCGGCGAACUCAUUGAAAAGUGUGACUUUGGAGGAAGAAAUCACAGAAAUAAAAAAGGAAAUCUUAGAAGUAAAAGAGGAACUCAUACAUAUUGUUGACACACAAAUUAAACCAAGACGUCGUAGGGGACGUCCAAAACGUCAAAGAGGACCUGAAACUGUCGAAGUUCCUGGUGAGCCUUCCAUACCGCUUAAAGAAUGUCAAGUUAAAAUUGAAGAACUAAUAAUACCCGCUUCAAUUAGUCGCACAGAUAUAUGUAAUCAAYCUGAAUUUUUAUCUGAAGUAUUAGCAGUUAAAGAUGAUAUUUUACUCAAAGAAUAUGUGGAGAACUCAGUAUCAGCAUACAGUUCGGACCCUGAAGAAGUUGAGAGUGACAACGAAGAUGGACAUUCGAAAAGGGUGUCUCGGAAAAUAAAUAAAACAAAAGGCGUUAAUAAAAGAAYUGCGGAAUCGGAUGAGUAUAUCGCAAAGAAAAAUUUUAAAUUUACUUGUUGCAUUUGUCAAACUUCAUUAAAAAACUUCAAACAUUUAAAAAGUCAUUUUCGWGAAGUACAUCAAACUCGUGGCUAUGUGCUAUGUUGUGGUAAAAAAUUGCCUGAACGUGGUUUGUUAAUWGAUCAUAUUCAUUUGCAUGAAGAUUCUGACUACUUCAAAUGUAAGCAUUGUGGAAAGAGAAUGACGGAAAGACGCAGCCUUGAUCUUCAUCUUCAGUAUAAGCAUGCAUCUUGUUUGAAACAGCAUUAUAAAAUUAAAGAUACAGAAAAUCAAAAAUCGAUACCGUGCUUAGAAUGUGACAAAACUUUCUCGUAUGACAUUGAAUUAAGAAAACAUAUGCGUCUAACCCAUUURAAAGUUUAUGCAAAAAUAUGUGAUAUUUGUGGUGCAUCGGUAAAAGGAUGCGACGCUCUCAAACGUCAUCAAGCUGUGCAUACUGGUAUGAUGCGAAAAUUAGUAAAAUGUGAUCUAUGUGAUGCUGCRCUCACAACGAAAUAUGGCCUAGCACGGCAUAUGAAAACUAUGCAUACGGAAGAGUAUCAGACACCACAAGUCUGCCCAAUUUGUUCUAAAGUGUCACCGUCUCUGCAGGCUCAUCGUAAGCACAUAAGAUAUAUGCAUUCCUUGGAAAAGAAGCAUGUAUGUAAUUUAUGCGAGAAGGGCUUUAAACGGCAUACCGAUUUCAAAGAGCACAUGGCCACCCAUACCGGAGAAGCUUUAUAUACCUGUAGUUUUUGUCCACAAACUUUCAAAUCUAAUGCCAAUAUGUACUCUCAYCGAAAGAAGAAACACGCUAAGGAGUGGGCUGAACAAUGCGAAUUGAAGAAAAGUGUAGGGGUACUUCUAAAUCAGACUAUCGCAACUGACUGAUAAAAAGCUUUAGCGAUUUCGGUGCGAAAAUGUUUUAGUAGGUUGAUAAAUAUCUAAUUUGAAAGCGUCAAUGUAUGUUAUACAUAUUCUUUUUUAUUGAUGGUUUGAUUAUGAACUCGCAAACAUCUACUCCGAUUUAAUAGAACCUAACUAAAAAAUUACAUUAGCAAUAGUACAGUGUARCCAAUUAUUAGCGUUUUAUGAGAUCAACAACAGGAAUUAUACAAAAAUUCAAUUCCCGUCAAUAUAACAAUAAUCUAAUAUAUGGACAUCAAA